UAAGAACAAAGCCCAGCCGUAGUGUUGACUUCGGACGGACGAGACUAGUGAUUCAGUUGACCAAAAUCCUCGUAAGUCGUUUCUCCCCUCCCCCCUCCUUCCUCGGAGCCGAUGAUUCCGAUUUCGAUGACAAAUGCUUGUCGCUUGAUGCCGAUGCAAUCUCCAGCGUCCAAUUCCUUCCACCUCCCGCCGCCGCUGCCGCCGCUCCUCUCCAUUCCUUCUCCGUCCAAGAACCGCCGUUCGCCGGAAAUCUUCCUGAACCGGUCUCCGGCGAGCAACCCCAAGUUCGCAGCGACGCUGAGGAUGUCUCAGUCCACUCACAACCCAGUUGUUCAGCAGCAGAGAGUCGUGAUACCGAACAAGCAUGGGGAGAAACUGGUGGGACUGUUGCAUGAGACUGGAUCUUCGGAGAUGGUGAUCCUCUGUCAUGGGUUCCGGUCUGGCAAGGAAAAAACCACGAUGGUGAAUCUUGCUGCUGCUUUGGAGAAGGAGGGUAUUAGUGCUUUCCGCUUUGACUUUGCUGGAAAUGGAGAGAGUGAAGGUACGUUUGAAUACGGUAACUACUGGAGAGAAGCUGAUGAUCUUCGUGCUGUUAUUGAGCACUUCAAUGGAGCUAAUCGGGUGACCAGUGCUAUUGUGGGGCACAGCAAAGGAGGCAGUGUAGUUCUUCUUUAUGCUUCUAAGUAUAAUGAUAUACAUAUUGUUGUCAAUGUCUCUGGCCGUUAUGAUUUGAAGGGGGGAAUUGAAGAGCGCUUGGGCAAAGAUUUCAUGCAAAGAAUUAAGGAGGAUGGAUUCAUUGAUGUUGAGAAUAAAUCAGGAACUAUUAUUUAUCAUGUGACAUACGAAGGUCUGAUGGAUCGCUUAAAUACCAAUAUGCAUGAAGCAUGUCUUCAGAUUGACAAAAAUUGCAGGGUUUUGACAUUUCAUGGAUCUGCUGAUGAAGUUAUCCCAGUAUCAGAUGCACUAGAAUUUGCAAAAAUCAUAUCCAACCACAAGCUGCAGAUUAUAGAAGGAGCAGAUCAUCGAUAUACCUCGCAUCAGGCAGAGUUGGCCUCUAUCAUAUCGAGUUUCAUAAAGAAAGCAUUGGAGGAGGACAGAGAGAAAUCCAGCCAGUAGCGAGGUACAUGCUCGUGCCUGAUUGUUGGAGAGGAUCUCUGGACGCAUUACGAACGAGAUAGCAAACUCACUCCUGUAGGAUGCUUUCAACUUAUUCCUGAUUAUCAACUUAGGUAGCAAAAUGGUUUGGGAUGCAACCGAAGAUGGCAAAAAUAUGAGCGCACUAUUGGAAGUUGAGAUUCCUUACUUUGUCCUGUUGAGAAUCGUGGUGCGAGCAUUAAUUGUACCAUGAAUUGUCCAUUCUUAUAAGGAUGAUUUGUCUCAAUUUAAACUGAUAACUUGAAACUAUUAAGGAUUGUCUUAGCUUAGCUAUGCAAGCCUUUUCUUUUUCCACGUUUCAUAGUCUAA